GAAAUGAAAAGUGCACCUACAACAUAUGAGGAAGAAACAUCUGCAGAUACACUCUGUGAUGAAAAAAUUACAUCUGUGCCAACAUGUGAAGUAUCACAGUCACCAGUGGCAUCAUCAGUAACAGCAAGGGAAAAGGAAGUAACUGUAGCAGUACCAGCAGAAGUUUCACCAGCAACAGUAACCACAUCACCAGUAGCAGAAGUUUCACCAGCAACAGUAACCACAUCACCAGUAGCAGAAGUUUCACCAGCAACAGUAACCACAUCACCAGUAACAGUAGUGGAAAAGGCAGAACCAGCAGAAGUUUCACCAGCAGCAGUAACCACAUCACCAAGUACAGCGGUGGAAAAGGAAGCAACAGUAGAAGUACAGUGCAGCUUAAGGAGGAGCCAAAGGAAAAAUACAUCUGUGCCACUUAGUGAUAAUUUUUAUGGUUUCAAGCCAAAAAGAAGACAAAAAUGUGAAAAAACUGCCUGCAAACUCACAGAUAAGUAACAGUAGUAUCAUAUUCUUAAACAUUCAGGGUCUUGAAAGUAAAGUUGAAAUA